CACCAGGUAUAGUGCACGUGCCUCGAGUGCCUGUCGCACGAAGCGGCACAGGGAAACGCUUUAUCAGAUCCGAGGCGAAAAGCGGACGCUGUAUGAAAGGAUGAAGCGGGGGCCGUCGACAUCCGUCUUCUAUUCCCACCUCGAUUCGUGGAAGAAGACCACGUGCUCUGCCCCCGGGCGGGCGAUGAUGGUCUGGCGCUCUCAGCGUGCUCGGUGUGUAUGUACGGCUCCACGGUCCAACCUGAUGUUCGCAUUUGGGUGUCGAGCUGUGUGUCGAAUCGGGCACCGUUACUCUCCAGCCGUACAUACCAAGAGACGAUGAAUCAACGUGCGAAGCGCUUCGACGGCUUCGAGUCGUACCGACAUCCUCAUCCCAGCCGCCGGGAAACUGGCGCAAGAACGGUCUGAUGUUCCGUGCCGCUUUCAUCCGCAAGUCGACGCAAGUGUGAUUGGAAGAUGACUGGAGGGACAUGGAAGCCACACUGAUCGCUUUCAUCGUGUUUGGCGUGGCCAUGGUUCUGCUCAGCGUCCGCUGCUGCUGGGUCACCAUGAAGACCUGGACCGCGCCGCCGUCCAGCGUGGACCAGGAACGGGAGCCGUCGGAAGAUCGGAGCGGUCAUCGGAUGGAGUUCGCAGAAUGGACAAACGCAGUGACGUGAAACGUGUCGCAGAUGGAAUGCAGCCUGGGUUUCGUGUACCUCCAGACGCAGAGAGAGAGAGAGAGGAAAGGAGAGGCGCUGCCAUUCUUGACCCAUUUUUUAAAGGUCUACAGCCUAUCGCAAAAGAGAAAGAGAGAAAAAAAGAAAACCCCCGAGGACACCUAAGCACUUUUUUGAGUUGUGAAUGCGGAACCAUUGGUGUCCAAUUGAACUCCGCUGAGUGGUCCUUCGAACUUUGCGCUGCGAGGAACGCACGAUAGCAGUACGAGCUUCCCGAGCCAGCAAGCAGCAGCAACCUGCAGUGCCAACGUCGCAUGCGACCGACGUCUUGGGCGAAGAGAGACUUCCCCUCACGCGACGCCUGGCGCGCUAUCGCGGCAGCAGGUGUUCCCUUUCGUUCCCUCUGCUUCGUCGAGGCGCGCUCGCGACCUGGCGUCGCAGCCAAUGGCGAUGGUAGCUUACUUGCCGUUUCGCUUACGCGGGCCGUUUCGCUUACGGGCCGUUUCGCUUACGGGCCAUUUGGCGCUCUCGUAUUAUAGAAAAAAAAAAAAAAAGGCUAGCAGGACGUUGCCGGCAAUAGCCGGCAGGCCGCUACUUUCUGGGAGGUAGUUGUUCCGGUUCGUUACAGCUCUUUAGCGAAGCUCUACAAGAUAUUUAUUUUCUCACCCUCUAAAUUUCUUUCCUGUCGGGACCUGCCGCGUAGCUCACGAGUGGCUAUGCCGUAGGCGCUACUGAGCACGAGGUCGUGGGUUUGAUCCCGGUGGCGCCGGCCGCCGUGGAAUUCAAGAACGCUCGGGUACCGUGCAUUAGGUGCACGUUAAAUAAUUGCAGGUGGCCGAAAUUGAUACGGUGCCCUCCGAUACGGCGUCUCUCGUUAUCUGUUGUGCAGUUUUGUGACGUGAAAUCCUACAAUUUAAUUUCAUGUCUUUCAUUUAGGGGCGUGCGAACAUUCGAAGUUUUCGAAGUCAUAUCAAAUAGUCAAUUCGAUUCGGGAAUUAACGAUUGGAAGUUUUAGAAUAUCCGUUUCUGUUCGAAUACUAUACAACAGUUGUUACAGUCUACAGGGAGAAAGGCCAUAUGUAGGUGGUCGUUAAUUCAUUGCUGUCGUGUAACAUCAUUGCUGCACCAGAUACGUUCACCUCUCCGCUAUGUCUCAUUUACAAGACUCCAAGUUGACCUGACGCCAAGCUGUUGAAAGCCACGUAUCUUACGCAUAACGAGAAUGAGCUACUUUCUUUGUGAACCGGACUCCACAGGAUAUCUAUAUUUGAAUUUCUUUAGAAAGUGAAAAUGUUAGGUAUGUCAUUUGAUAUUCGGUCACUUUUUCUCGAAUAUUCGUAUUCGAUUGGAUUAGAAAAUCCGAAAACGCUCGCUUUUCUGGCUAACAAGGCAGAUAAGAUACGUCAAGCGUUAGAUCAGCGCUGAGUUAUUUCCUGGCAAACGCUUGAUAAUUUAGCGUUUAUCAAAUGGUAUAGUAUCUUAAAUGGCCCACUCCCUCACGAGAAUGUCAAUUGGCCUUCCCGAUGCAGAUGGAUCGCUCGUAGAGAGCUCCAUCUUGUAGUGGGCACAUAAAAUAGACUCAUAAUGGUGAUCAAAAAAAAAAAAAACAGGUGCGAACUGCCUCACAGCAUCAAAGGGAGCAAGAUGUCGUUACUAAUAACCACGCAUGGAUGAUGCGUGAGCGUAAUGAUUUGUGUAGACUGACUGUUCACUUGACGAUGCGUAUACGGUUCGAACAGAUAGCUCGCUUCCGGUACGGUGCAAUCCCUUACAGUUAUCACAUUCAGCGAGUUGCAAAGCUGAUAAGGGUACAGAUGCAAGUACAGUGGUGGUUCGAGCUCGCUUUCCGAGGUUGCAGCAAUCGGCGCCUCCUUCCGAGCUCGGAAAGUUUCCUGGAACGGCGGCGGGGCCGCGAGCACGUUCGCCGUGUAUUGUGCGCACUGCACGGGGCAUACCGUAUACAAAAAGACUUGCCCAGAGCGCACGCACCACAAGAGAGGCACAGCUUUACUGCUUCGCUGGUUAACAUGGCUCCCUCAACACUUGUGUUUGCCUUAGGCAACGUGUAUUAUACCCCUACGAGUCGACGCGUCACCCAUAGAAAGAAAAAUGAUUUCCACAUCAUCCGCAAGCUCGCACGUGUCGACCUGCAAUAUUAACCAAGAAACUAUAUAAAAGAAAAGAGCAAACCAGUGAAGGUGUUCCACUGUGAGAUUGUCCUGUGCCGCAAAAAAAAAAAAAAGUACCGCGGGGCUGUCUUUAUGUACCAGGAAGACAAAGAGGACGGCGUAUAUCUGCCGAUAAGUGAGCCUCUGACCGUCGCGCGGUCGCAACCGCCCAGGUACAGCCCUGCCUCUGACUGAAGACAACAAGGCAUGCACAGGCGUCAGCUCCGCGACGCUUUGGCCCCCCUCCGCGAUAAGAUUACGCGUCGCGGAGCGGCGCCGCGUGCCCACCCCAAGGGCUCGUGACGCUCUGCCGCGCGCCUUCAGAUAAGGGCGCGCGUUUAUGUCGCCUUCCCCUCUCGCACUUGCCCGCGCAGUCGGGGAGGCCCUCGGAAACCCCUGAGUUCCGAUGCGGUCCCGAACACCUAACCCAGCCCCCCCGCAACGCAGCGCGUAAGCCAACGACAACCAACCCUGCGAGCCAGCCGCCGCGGACAAGUCUCGAAGGAACGACUGUCGUCCUGGUGCUCUACAGUUCCUGACUGCUCAUCGGUGUCGCCAGCGUAGUAGAAAGGCACGGCAGCCCGCAGUGACUCAGGACACCGUAAACAUCGUUGCUUUGAAGACAGCCGCAGGAAGGCCAGGAGACUGCAGGUUACGCGGCAAGCGCUCCAGCGACGACAUUGCGUCUGGGUACGGCAAACCUCGUCAAGCCCUCAGUGAGAAUGUGUUGCGCUGGCCUGUGCGCUAUCGGACCAGGCACUGCCAUCCAUACAGCAUCCAGUAUCAAGUUGCAGAACCACAUCCAGCGGUUCGUAUUGCAACAGCAGGAGCAGGCGUAAUGCGGCUAGGGGCGCGGUCAUGCACUUGCUCCUUCUCCUGGCCAUCGUCCUCGUCGUCCUAGUCGUGCUGAGCGUGACAGUCUGCCUCUGUUACGGCCUCAACUCGGCUUCCUGCAUGGCGGCCUUCAAGCUCAACUCGGCCGCCCACAGCGUGGCCGGUCUGUACAACGGCUACGCCGACCCCUCGGCGGCGAGCGACGGCGCUCGCAACGGCGGCAGCAGUUCCGCGGUGGUCGCCCCCCUGGAGAGGCGCAAGUGCUGGCCGCCCGAGCAGGUCUCUUCUUACUCGAGCGUCAUCGAGUUGUACGACAGCACGUGGCAGGUCAAGGAACCGCCACCGCCUCGGAAUUGUCGCCUGACGUCGGCCGCUCGUCGCGUCCCGUUAGACGGGCCGCCGGACGCGAAGCAACCGCAGCGGUGGCACGUCGGAGACAUCCGCGAGGGCAACGUGGUGCACGGACAAGUGACGCUGGAGAAACUCGACUUGGGCUGCAGCAGCGCGUCGCUCCUGUUCCCGGAUGCUCGCGACGAGAACGGCGUCCUGCCCCCCUGCGCGAGGUUAGCGGGCGUCGCCGCGGUGUCCCUGCCCAGUGUCCUGAAGGACGGCAGCUGGAACCGCGGGGAGUCGUGCUCCCCUCUCGCGGACCUAGACGGUGCCGAGCGAUUCCGCUUGGAAGUGAGGUCGUGCAGCCUUCUGGAAGAAGGCCCACGCGGCCGCCAGGUGUCGCCGGUUGGCUCGUGAACGAGUGAAGUUCUGGUAUCUUUUUUUUUUUCACUCAGAAUCUCGUUCGUGCGUUGUUUUCAAUAACGUGUUUGCCGUUCGUCGCACACGCGUCCAGGAUGAUAUGACUGAUGUGACAGGUUGUGAAUUUCGAUUAAACCACUGCGAUUGAUAUUUUUUACUC